CACCAAAUUCUAGCAGUACAAGAGUCAAUGGCUAAAACUCAAGUUAGCCAACAUAUCUACCAAGUUCCUAAUGUUAUUCUGUUUUCCAGUCAGAUUAAAUACCAACAAUAAUCUUGAUGUUGAGCAAAUACGCUACGAUUAUUUUUAAAAUGUGAAGGUUUAAAAAAAAAAAAAAGUACAUUUAAAAAUGGGGAGAAAUGCUGCUAACCAUACUGCUAAAGGUUAGCUUUCGGUUGCCAGGCAACGGAUUUACAGUCAACCAGAGCUAGCGGAGCAGCGCAUGCUAAUCGAACAAGGCCCCAGGAAAACAUCUUUUGAAGUGGAUUUAAAAGCGGUUUGAAACGUAGCGCGGUUCAUGGCGGAGGAGGAUGAACGGGGCCCCGGAGCUGCUCACCGGAUGGUGUCGGUGAUGGAGGGGCUGCUGGAGAAGCUCGAUGCUCUGAACUACGAGGAGCUUCUGGACAAACACAACAUGAAGAAAGUGUGCAGGCACUACUUUGCCUCCAGUUCCCACUUGUCUUCCAACCCGGGUGAGCAGUUUUACAUGUUCACCAUCAUCGCUGCCUGGCUCAUCAACGCGGCAGGGAGGCCAUUCACCGAGCCUCAGGAGCACGACGAGCCUAACGCCAUCGUGUCCAACAUCCUGGCAGAGCUGAGAGCCUUUGGCAUAAAGGUGGACUUCCCGCCCUCCAAGUUGAAGACGGGCUCAGGCGAGCAUGUCUGCUUGGUGCUGGACCGACUGGCUGAUGAGGCUCUGAAGAGAAGAAACAUCUCCUUCAAAAGGGCAAAUUACCCGUCAGAAAACCUGGAGGAAGAGUUGGUACUGGAGGACGACACACAGGACGCUCUCGGCACAGCAGAGGAGGAGAUGAUAGAGGAAGAUGAAGAUGAGGAGGAGAUUGCGAUGGAUCUGGAAGCUCUGAAGUUGCGAACUGUCCACAACGAACCAGAACUCUCUUCCAAACCCGACGAGAUCCUGGAGGCGACUGUGGAUGCUGCAGAGUGGAACCUGGAGGUGGAGCGAGUCAUCCCACACCUGAAAGCCACCGUCAGGACCGACAACAAGGACUGGAGGGUCCAUCUGGAGCAGAUGCAUCAAUACCAAGAGAAAAACGAGGCCCUGCUCAAAGAGUCCAAGAGCUACAUGGACAAACUGCAGGAGGACAUCAGAAAGACUCAGGAGAAAGUGGGCAGCAGAGAGAAGUACAUCAACAACCAGCUGGAGCAUCUGGUGGAGGAGUACCGCAGUGCCCAGGCCAAACUCAGCGAGGCUAAGGACCGCUACCAGCAGGCCAGCGGAGGGGUGACCGAGAGGAGCAGAGUCCUGGCUGAGAUCAGCGAGGAGUUGGAGAAGGUGAAGCAGGAGAUGGAGGAGAAAGGCAGCAGGAUGUCGGAUGCAGCUCCGGUGGUAAAGAUCAAGCAGAGUCUGACGAAGCUCAAGCAGGAGAUUGUACAGAUCGACGUGAGGAUCGGCGUGGUGGAGCACACGCUGCUGCAGGCCAAGCUCAAGGAGAAGUCCAACAUGACGCGGGACAUGCACGCCACCAACAUCCAAGAGCCCACUGCCGGACCCUUCGCUUAGCAGCACUCACAGACUGGGUCAAACCAGAACCAGUACUGGUCUGAAUCACAAUAUUCCUUCUGUAAACCAUUUACACGUUUGUUAAAAUUUCAUGUAUUUAUUUUUACUAUUUUUAAUAAACAUAUAUGAACUGC